UGGAAAAGUCAAAAACAUUACACGUAGUUAUCAAAAGAACAAAUCAAAUCAUAUCGAUUUUUAAUUGCAUAUUCCUGAACAUCGCAAUGGAGAAUCUAUUGGGUCUUCUGAGAAUUCGAGUCAAGAAAGGUGUAAAUCUCGCAGUUCGUGAUGUUCGCAGCAGCGAUACCUAUGUUGUCGUCCAGAUGGCUGAACAGAAAUUGAAGACCCGAGUUAUAAAAAAGGAUGUUAAUCCUGAGUGGAGUGAAGAUUUAACUCUUUCUGUUGCAGAUCCCAAUCUUCCUGUCAUGCUGACUGUCUAUGAUCAUGAUUCGUUCAGCAAAGAUGACAAAAUGGGAGAUGCAGAAUUUGACAUCAAACCAUUGAUAGAGGCUCUGAAGAUGAACUUAAGUGGCCUCCCAGAAGGCACCAUUAUAACAAGAAUACAACCGAGCCGAUCUAACUGCCUGUCUGGAGAGUCUAAUAUUGUAUGGAAAGAUGGCCAGGUUGUGCAAGAUACGUGCCUAAGAUUGAGAAAUGUGGAAUGUGGAGAAGUCGAACUUCAACUUCAGUGGAUCAACAUUCCUGGUUCGAAGGGUUUAUAGAAUACAGCGUGUGGUAUAUAUAUCUGGUUGCUGUUAGCUGUCUAGCUGCAGUGUAUGAACUGAUUUGUGCUCUCACAACUGAUCUCUGGUUGUAAUAAAUGGAGUUUGUAAUAUACAAGUUCAAUUAAGAACUACCUUUCAUACUGCACCAAUCUGUUGGGCAAGGUUUCUAGUCUUGAAUAACACUCUUAGUUAUAUAUGGAAAGUACUCAAGUGCACACUUUUGUGUGCAUAUUAUGGUAGUACUCCUAAUUUUAUGUGAUACCUUUUCGUUUUUAGUUUGUUUCAGAAAAAUGUCAUGUUACUAUAAUAAGAAACAAUUUUAUUUUAAA